AUGACACCUAAGAAUAUUAAAUGCAAUUAUCAAUUCGAAAUAAUAGUUAAUUAUUAAAAUUUUAAUAAAUAUAUGAGCAUUGUUCCUAAGUUAAACCUUGAUUUUAAACCUUAUUUUCCUGGAUUCCUACUAUAAAUUGAUUAUGAAGAUUACUUAAAAAAUGAAAAGAUGUAUUAUAAUGAUCAUUUGACAAAAUUAAAUGAAAUAUAAAUUAAGAAAUAAAAUAUUUUAUAAGAAAUUUGUCCUGAAAUAGAAAACACUUAUUGCAAUUUAUACAUAAAUACUAUAUAAUGA